AUGACCCUCGCCGUGAUCCGGAUGGCCGCUGUGGCCGGGCUCUUCGUCUCGCUUGGUACCGUCAACGCUCACCAGACCCGCGAGCAGUCUCUCGGCCGAAGGCAGAUCUCUAACACCUACGACUACGUCGUUGUUGGUGCGGGAACAAGUGGUAUGGCGCUCGCCGGCCGCCUUUCCGAAAACAAAGGCGUCACCGUAGCCGUUCUGGAAGCGGGUAUCGACUACAAAUCGAACCUGAUCAACCAGCAACUCGUCGACACUCCUGGCUUCGACACUUUCGGUGUUGGCGCUGAUCCAACUGAUUCCUUUACCAACGGUCUCAUCGAUUGGUUCGCCGUCACAGAAGGAGAGCCUGGGUAUGACAACCGAAAAGUGCACUAUGCGCGAGGAAAGUGCAUCGGAGGUUCGUCCGCCCGAAACUUCAUGCUCUACCACCGCCCGCCCAAGCAGGCUCAGCAGACCUGGGUCGAUUUGACCGGUGAUAACCAGUGGUCGUUUGACAAUACGCUUCCCUAUUACCAGAAGUCGUUUACCGACUUUGGUCCUCGACACGAGCUCAGGAAGGACAACCCACCCGCACAGUACAACCCUGCUACCUUCCCUGGCAAUGGACCCGUCAGCGUUGGCUUUCCCAACUACGCUCAGCCUUUCUCGGGUCCAUUGCUCAACAGUCUCAACGAAGUUGGCGUGCCCACUUCGACCGACAUGAGCUCGGGCAAUAUUCUUGGCGCUCAGUACUCGACCAUUACCAUUGAAGCCUCCGACGGUAAGAGGGCUACCUCGCGCUCUUUCUACCAGCAGGCUUUGAACGAGAAGCGUAUCAACCUCCAAGUCAUCACCUCAGCACUCGCCAAGAAGAUCAUCUUUGACACUACGGGUAGCAAGCCCAAGGCCGUCGCUGUUGAAUACACGCUGCCGUUUGGUAUCAAAAAGACCAUCCAGGCUCGCAAGGAGAUCAUCAUUAGCGCUGGUGCCUUCCAGUCUCCUCAGUUGCUCAUGGUCUCGGGUAUCGGACCUGCCGAUCAGCUCAACGCUCAAAAGAUUCCCGUGCUGGUGGAAAACUCGAACGUAGGUCAGCACAUGCAGGACCACAUCUUCUUUGGCCCCACCUACGCUGUCAAUGUCGAUACCCCCACCAAGGAGGCUAACGACCCCAUUUUCCUGGCAAGUUCGAUUGCGCAAUUCAACUUUGCCAACCAGGGCAUCUUCACCAACAAUGUCGCCGACCUCAUCGGUUUCGAAAAGUGGAACAACACCUUCCUCGAUGCGAUUCAAGCCGGGGUUCUCAAGAGCAACCCUUCCGACUGGCCCGAGAUCGAGUUCCUUUCCGGGCCCGGCUUCAUCGGUGACUUCAGCAACCUCGUCAUCAACAACCUCAAGGAAGGUCUUACUCUGCAGCAGUUUGCUACUUUGCUGGUUGCCCUGGUCGCCCCUGUCUCGGAAGGCUCUGUGACGCUCAAGAGCGCCGACACGAAUGAUUAUCCGGCCAUCCGACCCAACUGGCUCUCGAGCCCCGUCGACCAACAAGUUGCCAUUGCAGCCUUCAAGCGCGCUCGUCAAGUCUUCGCCGCGAAAGCUAUGAACGGCACGCGCACCAAGCCUAACGUCGAAGAGUUCCCAGGCUUCGAUGUCGCUACUGACGACCAGAUUCUCGCUAGCAUCCGUAAGAACCUCAUGACCGUCUGGCACGCCGCUUCCACUUGCAGAAUGGCCAAGGACGCCCAGUCGGGUGUCCUCGACUCUAACUUCAAGGUUUUCGGCGUCGACUCUUUGAGGGUCGUCGAUGCUUCGUCUUUCCCUCGCUUGCUGCCUGGUCACCCCCAGGCCGUGUGCUACAUGAUCGCCGAAAGGGCCGCUGACAUCAUUCUUGCUGCCAACAAGUGA